AUGCUGACCCUCUGGGCCCUCGUCAUCACACUGACCGUCCAGGCAAGAGCACUUAACGUGCUGCCUCCAUCUUUACUAGAGGGAAAUCUCCCUCAAUUACCUCUUGAGGUCACCAAAACAGUUCCUCUCACUCCGCCACUUGGACCACUGCUCAGAGGUGCCCCAAAAGGCUCUCCAUCUACGAAACUUCCAAGCAGGACCCCAGGAGGCAGGUGUCUACCAGUGGCCAGGUACUUCAUGUCUAGCAGCAAACUCGAGGAAUAUCUAAAUGCCACGCUGCCCGCACAGAUCAAGAAGAUGCUGAUGUGUGAGGAGAUAAAUCUAGCUGGUGUGCUUGGGACAGUGAUAUCCACAUUGUCUAACUCCAACCUACUGUCUAUGGUAGACCUCACUUCAUCCCUCAGCCUACCUGGAGGUGAACUUCUUGGUGGUAUCCUGAACAAGGAAAGUGGUGGCCAGUCCCCAAAGCUCCCACUGCCAUCGGUCUCAAAAGCCACUGAUGCCCUCAAUAUCCAAAAGACUCUGGGCAGCCUACUACCCAUUGGCGCAGAGAAGAAUCCUGUAAAGGGAUUGGCCCUUGAUCUCCCAAAUCUCCCCCUACCCCUGAAUGACGUGGUUAGCCAAGCUGGCAAGCUCACAGAAUCCACCGAGGGCAUGCUGAACAGUGUAGUGCCAGGAGGCAUUGGUGAUGCAGUCACAGGCCUGCUGGAUAAUGUUAACAUAGAAGAACUCUUGUUGGGAUUAAAUGUUCAAGAAGUGACUGUGGAGAGCAUGACAUCAACCAUGACAGGUGAUGGGAUCCUCGUAUCUACCACAACUACCGCCUUCAUAGGUGGAAAAGGACUAGCAGGACCUGUAGUCAGCCUACUGGGAUAUCAAGUACACAGCGAUAUAACUCUGAAAAUUGGCAUUUCCACGAACAAUACCCAAUGCGUCAACCUCCAAGUCCAGGACAAGGACAUCAAGUUCAAGAAAGUGACCCUUCAGCUAGUGGAAACGGUCACAAGUACUUUGCCAGUGCCUCUGCCUUUGGACCAAAUCGUUUCUGAAGUGUUGACAGUAGCUAUGAAAGAAAAUCUUCAAGGAACGGCAUCGUGUGACAUUGAUUUCAGUGAUUUCAACGAAUGCAAGAACUCUACUGGCUUGUUCAAGUACAACAUUAAAAGUUCCAGGAUUUCUGCACAAGGUCUUUCAGUCUUGUACUGUGCUAAAGCCUUCUUUAACAAAAAUAUAGUCCCUGUACCUGGAAGUCCCCUUCCACCAGAUCCUAAAAAUGCCAACAUUUCUCUAACUCUGUCCCAUAAAUUACUCAACAUUAUCAUCACACUGAGUGUCAAGCAGAGCUCCACCAAGACCAAUAACAUGGCUGCAAGCAUCACCAAAAUAGCCUACUCCUUCAAGUCAGGCAACCAACUCCAAGUCACCUUCUGGGUUCCUGUGGAAAAGGAUGGUGAGAAUUUUGCUACUGUGGAAAGGACCUUAAUCAUCUCCCAUGACAGCAAGAUUUCAAAAGACAAACUGAUAACAGACUUCAAGAUUGUAAGCUCUGAAGACAUGGUGACACCCUCUGAGACUGAGGCUGAGGUGCAAGAUAUAUUGCUUCAGGUUGUGAAGAAAUGCUUAUCUGCCCUUAAUGAACUGACAAGUGCAUGGAAUGUUCCACCAGGACUAACCUCAACUCCUCUAAACAAUGUCAAGGUUACAGUACUUAAAUCGAACGAUCUUCAGGCAGCAAACUAA